AUGGCACCCAGGUUUCCCAGUCAGCCUGAUCUCAUCAACAACACCUUUACCCAGCACGAGACUGAUCCUGCAAGACGCUAUCACUCAUGGAAAGAUCAUGGACUCAGUGAGUCAAUUGGUAGCGCAUUUCCACUUCAACACUACGCUGGUCCUGAUCCCAUGGCCAACACUUCUUUGCAGCGACAACUUCCAUCCUCCAGUCUGUCGAGCACCGAACCCGAUCAAUACAGUUCAUCGCAACCCAACGAAGAAAUGAGGCCACACUACCCCGGUGACAUUCCGUACGAUUUUGAUGCUACUGGUGUGCCGAAGGAGGUAUUCGACCAGUAUAUGUAUGCAUUCACGUACGCGGCAGGUGGAGCUCGCGACGAGGUCUGGGCAGAAUUUCGGCAGAUGUCGGCAUUCCAUGAGACAGCACAAGUUACAAAGGCGAAGGAUCGAAUGUGGAAACAUGCGUACGAACUAUUCAUACCACUCAUGCGCCAAAUGAAGCAAGAGAAGUCUGUCAAGGAGAUUCAGCAAUGCGUUUACCAUACGCCUGAUUUCCGAACCCAGCCUGAGUCAAACAAUUACAAGGGUACAUCACAACUAGAGGAGAGGAUGAAAGCCGUGCGCAGUCAGUUCAACUCAUUUAAGGAAAAGACGAAGACGAGGAUUCAGGCAUUGCUUCAUGAGAUCGCUUCAUUGCGGCGAGAGCUGGACGCUGAGCGGGAGAAGGCGAGGAAGCUAGAAGAGCAUAACGAGUGGAUGGCCGAUGAGAAGUAUGAUCUGGAAGCGCAAUUGACAGAUAUACACAUGUUUGAAAAGCCUGGGUCCAAACGGAGUCGAUCGGGCAGUGGGUCCUCAAUAAGUCGUAAUUCCUCUAUGCGUAGCACACAAUCUCGCAUGUCGAGUCGUUAG